CUGCAAUUGCCACUUUGCAAUUAUAGCAAUGGCUAGUCCUGAGCUGAACAAAACUGCAAGGUUUAGAAAGACAGCAAGUGCCGUUCCGAGGCCCAGAAGCUCUUCAAUCCGACCUUUUACGGCUUCAAGACCUCGCCGCCCGUACAGUGCAUACACUUCAAGAGGAUCUGACGAGGACACACCAAAAUUUGAUGCCCCAGAAACAGACAGGGAAUGGUGGAGGGGGUUUGUUAAGGAGACACCCGUCCCUGGAAGCUAUCAACACAAAUCUUUUACUGAAGAGCUUCAAAGCCAAACAAAGACUUAUGGUUUCAGAGCAGUGGGGAGGAGACCAACCAGUGCUCGGUUCUACAGCUCCGGAGAGGUCCUGCUACCAGGAGCUUAUGACCAUCCUGACUUCUUGCAUGAUCUAAUGCAUCGCUCUGCAACAUACAACUUUCAAGCAGCAAACAGAGACGCUGGCCCAAAGAUAGGUCAUGGGUAUGGAGAUAAGGAUCUAAAUACAAGCCCAGUUUGGUAUGACUUGAGGCAGACUGAGACAAGCCAAUUUGAGAAAGACAGGAACAUGAAACAAAGCACAUUCAAGUCUCACGUGGACAGGAUUAUUGAAAGCAACCACCAAUUCAGAGUAGUUUCAGGACCAAGUCCAGGGCAAUACGAUGACAAAAACACUACAAGGCCGUCAUCAGCAACAGUCAACUCAGUGUUUGUAUCAAAGGUCCCAAGGUUCAAUGAGAGAAAUUCCAGGGUUCCAGGGCCUGGGACAUACAACAUAAGCACGUCUGCUUUUGGGGCGCCUAAACCGCUUCCAGCUAUUUCACAUCAUCUCAAGAAGAAAGGAGUCAUUGCCAUGUGACAUAAUUACAAUGAGUCGAUUGUACAUUUCUGAUUACGUACAAUAACGUAACAUAGGUCCCUACAUGUAUAUAUUUUGUCCUAACUGAUUCUAUUUAAUUAACUUGUUUUUUUUUGUAAAAGUAUAGACAAAAUAACAUUAGACCAUUG